AUGACUUCUCUUCGAGUUCUUUACCAGCCCUGCACUGUUGUGCUGCUCCUGGUUUUGUGCUUAAUUCUGGAGACAGGACAGGGCCAGGAAAACAGGGACAAUCUACUUUCAUUGAAUAUGUCAGUUUCUCAGUUGCAAAGGGAAAAUGAAUUUUCAGUAACAUUUACUGUUACAAACAACAUGGAUAAAUGCAUGGUGGUGGAAAUCAGUACUGAGGACAACCCAAACAUCACGUACCUUACUGCUCAUGCAAAGUACACUGCUUGCAUAUGUGACACACACAACUACUUCUGGGAUAUCGAUGCCUCUGCAAAUACUGUCAUACGAGGGAAAGCUGAAGUUGUGUCAGCUAAGAAUAUAUGUCCUGAUGGGGAGAUACUGUACCCAGAAACUGGCUUCAUGAAAUUUGCUACAGCUGAUAUCAUUGUAACACCGUAA